CCAGCGUAGUUGUCCCAUUGCACAUCCUGCAGCAAAACUUACAUUUCCAGAGACCGAGGCAAGCGACUGGUUCAACAUUUACAGCUGCAUCAAUUCUUCUAGCACCACUUCUUCAUUCACAACCCACCAUGGCGGAUAAACUGGACCGCAGCCUCGACGAGAUCCUCGGUGAAAAGAAGACCGACGGUCCUCGCAACCGUCGUGGGGGCGGCGGCGGUGGAGGUGGAGGUGCUCCUCGCAGACGCGAACGUGAGCGUCAAGAAAAUCCCCGUGACGGCGUCAGAAAGUCCUUCCGCGAUGAACCCAGAAAUCUUGACAGCGAAUGGGUACACGAUCGUUUCGAAGAGCAUGAUACUCGCCGUGGCCCGGCCCCGCGACGACGACGCGACGAGCCGGAACAAAGAGAUUUUAACAGUGCGAAAAUCCGCGUCGAGAAUGUUCACUACGAAUUGACCCCAGAGGAUUUGGAGGAGCUUUUCAACAGAAUUGGACCCGUCGCCAAGCUUGACCUCAAGUAUGACCGUGCCGGCCGCUCCGAGGGCAUUGCCUUUGUUACGAUGGAGUCCCGCGAGGAUGCUUUGGAGGCGGUCAAGGAGUUUGACGGCGCCAACGCCAACGGCCAACCUAUCAGGCUGUCAAUCAUGCCCGGCGGACCCGGCCCUCGAUCUCGCAACCCCUUCGACUCGGCCGUGAUGCCGGGCCGCCCCCUUGCUGAACGUAUAUCUGCCCCUGGUGGUCGCUCGAGAUCAAUGUCGCCUGGGCGCAAGUACGACGUCGAUGAAGCUGCCAGCAGGGGCAUCGAUAGAUACGUCCCUGGAAACCGCUCCGGCAACCGCUCGCGCAGCCCCAUUCCCCGACGACGUGGCGCCGGCGGCGGCGGUCGCAGGCCUGGCGCUCGCAGGGAAGGAGGAGGCAGAGACGGCGGCAGAGAUGGAGGAAGAGAUGGUGGAAGAGAUCAAGAGGUUGGAAGAGGCGGCCGCUCGGGUAGAGAGGGUCGUACCCGGAAGACCCAAGAAGAACUGGAUGCCGAGAUGGCUGACUACUUUGGCGGAGGAAACGCGGGAGAGACUGCGCCCCAGCUGAACGGUGGCGCCACUGCUGCCGCCGCCACCCCCGCGGUACCCGCCACGAACGACGAUAUCGACAUGAUCGAGUAAACCCUGGCUCGGUCUGCCAUGGUCUGUUCUGUACGAAGUGUCUCGGACCAGUCAUGAGAACAGGUUGUGCCGAAACAAAACCGCCUGGUCACAAUAUGUGGAUAGCCAAUUGUUGGAAUAUUCACGAUGGGCUCGUCUGCACUACGCCAAUAGCAUCGUGCGUCGUUAGCUAUAGAAGCCAACAAUAACCACUCCAUUGCCUUCAAAAAAAGUUGAAUGGCGGCUCG